AUCCAGCACUUCUGAAAGUGUGUUAUAGGAGAGAAUUUUUUUGGGUAGUUUUUAGGCUGUUAAAUCUUGGAAGUGUUAUAUAAAAGGCGCCCGCUUUUUAUUUCCAUUACCUCUCUCUUUUCAUUCAAAUUUUAGGCCUUGCCUUCUCUCUUCCUUCCUGUAGGGUUUUGGUUUUCAUUUCGAUAUCAAAUACCAAUUCAACUUUCUCUCAAGAGACAUAGAGAUAGAGGAUGAAUUCGGUGAGAGACAUGAAGAAUUUGGUGGAUCCGUCGACGGCGCUGCUGGCGGCCUGUGGAGGUGAUACCGUCAAGCUAUUCGAUGUCGUCAAGCCCGGCGAUCCCUGCACUCUCACCUAUGCUCCUUCACCGGGUUGCCUCCUCAACUGCGUCAAGUGGAACCACACUAAUUUAGUUGUGGCUAGUGCUGGAGAGGAUAAGAAAAUCUCACUCUGGAGGAAAAAUGGACAGAGCUUGGGAACUAUUCCUGUGGCUGGCACAGACAGUGGAGACAGCAUUGAGGAAUCCAUCCUGGCUAUCAGCUUUAGCAAUAAAGGAUCUAGAUACAUAUGUUCUGGGGGAAGUGGGCAAGUUGUAAGAAUUUGGGAUUUACAGAGGAAGCGCUGUAUAAAAUGGUUGAAGGGUCACACCAGUUCAAUAACUGGUGCUAUGUACAAUUGCAAAGAUGAGCACUUGGCUUCCAUCAGUCUGAAUGGGGAUCUUAUUCUUCACAAUCUUGCAUCAAGCGCAAGGGCUGCUGAACUUAAGGACCCGCACCAACAGGUAUUGAGGGUGCUUGAUUAUUCACGGAUUAGCCGGCACCUUUUGGUAACUGCAGGUGAUGAUGGCACUGUGCAUCUGUGGGAUACGACCGGUCGUAACCCAAAGGUUUCUUGGUUGAAGCAGCACUCUGCACCAACUGCUGGUAUUAGCUUUUCGCCAUCAAAUGAUAAGAUAAUAGCCAGUAUUGGUCUGGAUAAGAAAUUAUACACAUACGACUCAGGGUCUAGAAAACCCUCUUCUUGCAUUGCUUAUGAGGCACCUUUUUCUUCACUGGCAUUCAGAGAUGACGGUUGGAUACUAGCAGCUGGAACAAGCAGUGGUCGUGUGGUGUUCUAUGAUGUUCGUGGAAAACCAGAGCCUUUAACUGUUCUUCGUGCUUAUAGCACUUCAGAGGCUGUUACAAGUCUAUGCUGGCAAAGAUCAAAACCAGUUGUUGUGAAUGAGAGCAGCUGCACUGCUGAGGCUGCUCUUUUGGGAGGUGCUGUGGAAGAUUCCGUUCUAAUGCCUGACCCCCUUCCCUCCAUAACUUCAUCAAGUCUUUCAGUAUCUACUACAGUAUCCGGUUCGCGCAAUACUGGCCGUUUGGUUGCUUCUGUAGAAACAUCUUCACUCGCUGGAAUUACCAGUGGAUCUUCAUCGAGCUUGCUUACUAUGGCUUCAGCAGAGGAAACACCACAUCGUAGCCAUUUGUGGCCUGGUGGAACAUUGUCAAAAUUACAUGCUCCUCGUUCUAGUUAUAAUUUUAAGGAUGAUAUGGAGGUGUUUUCACCGCUUGUAGAUGUCCAGCCGAUCACACCCUCUCUUGAUAAGCUAUGGGAUAAUCAUGAGAGAGUGAAGAAGGAUCAAUUUCCCGUUGAUAAGAAGCCUUCAUCUAUGUUAUAUCCAUCAAGUCGGAGAUUUCCUUUUGCGGAAGAUGGGGCCAAUGAUCAUCCAAUAUUUGAUUGGAAAUCCACUUCGUCUUCCAAACAGGAUGACAAUCGAGAUUUUACAUUUUUGGGAUCCUCACCAUCUCCAUCUUCCAAGAGUGAAGACUCUUCAAUCACUCCCCCAGAAGCUUGGGGUGGUGAUAGAUUCUCAGAUAAAUUUGCACAUCUACAUCAGCCACUAAAUUUUUCGUCUCGUUUUGGGAUGUCAUCCUCUGGCAGUAUUACAUCAGGUUCAAUGUUUGCUGGAGUGCAAGAUCUAUCGUCAUCAACAAGUCAGAUGAGUAUGAGCUCAUUGACAAAUUCUACCUUGAGUUAUACCGGUUUGCAAGCUAAAGAUGUCUCGUCAAAUCAGGAUACUUCAUUGGGAUUUCGAGAGCACCUUUCCUCUAAUUCUACAUCGCUGUCCUUAAGUACAAAAAACAUCACUGGUUAUGCUAACCUUGAAGCCCCAGGCUCACCAUCUUUGACUCUGCCUCGGAGAUAUUCAACCUAUGCCGAGAGGAUAAGCACCACGUUGUCCUUGAGUGAUGGGACAUCACUUUCUUUGGGGUCGCCUAAAACCAAGAAGACAGGAGCUGAAACCAGGGAGGAACUUCUGAAUAGCUUGUUGUCAAGGUCUGAUUCAUCAGCUGCUGCGGAAUCUGGAAUGGUUCCCGCAACUAAUCAGGGUGGAAUUGCACAUGCUCAUAAAGGCCCUCAAUCAGAUCCGCAACAAGGAAGUUCCUUCUCACUUCAACUCUUUCAACGUACUCUUGAAGAAACCCUUGAUUCGUUUCAGAAAUCGAUACAUGAAGACAUGCGGAAUCUUCAUAUUGAGAUUCUGAGACAAUUCCAUAUGCAGGAAGUGGAUAUGUCGAGGGUGAUGAGUUCAAUAUUGAAAAACCAAGCAGAGUUGAUGGAAGAGGUCAAAUCUCUCAGGAAGGAGAACCAGCAGCUCCGUCAGAUGCUUUGAAUGAGAUUGUGUUGAUGCUAUAAUCAUUGUUGAGCGAUUUUUGUAUUCUUUUAUUUUGAUUGUCUUGUUCUUUCUUUUCAUCAUUCCUGCCUCGUCAUUGGUCUCUGUUGUUUUUAUAGGCAACUACAGUUGCUCUUUGCCUCUAUGGGUAAUAGCAGCGCAGGAGAGGUGGGAAAAGGAAGGGGAAAAAAGGAAAGAAAUUGCGGAUGCUAGUUAUAGAGUGUUUAAAGAUGUAUAUAAUUUCUUAUCAUCUAAUGAAAUGAAGCUUGUAACAGGUAAUUCUGUCACUAUAUUAUGUCAUGUAUUCAGUUCCUCAUUUGAUU